GGCGAAAAGAGGCAAGAGAGGAGAAGAAAGAGAAACCAGGGGGGCGAGGCGCCGUCCAAUGACAAAGCCCAGGGGUGGGCGCCGGCCGCCAUCUUGUACCGGGCGGCAGGAUAUUCGCCCGCGUCCUCCGCCCUCGGAGGGGGAGGGGCGGCGGCGGAGGCGAGAAAAGUAGCGAGAGACGCCAGCAGCGGCCGCCGCCGCGGAGCCAACGCGGACUGGGACGGCGGCGGCAGUAGUGGGACCCGGCGAGCGUGAGUGGCCCCGAGCGGCCUUCGAUGCGGCGCAGCAUGAAGAGGCGGCGGCGCCGGCCCCCGGUCGCCCCGGCCACGGCCGCCCGGGGCGGCGACUUUAGGGCAGAAGACGGGGCUGGGUUGGAGGCGCGGGAGGAGAAGGUGGUGUACUCGCGGUCGCAACUGUCGCUGGCUGACAGCACCAAGGCGCUGGGCGACGCCUUCAAGCUCUUCAUGCCCCGCAGCACGGAGUUCAUGAGCUCGGACGCGGAGCUCUGGAGCUUCCUCUGCAGCCUCAAGCACCAGUUCUCCCCGCACAUCCUGCGCAGCAAGGACGUCUACGGCUACUCCUCCUGCCGGGCCCUGGUACCCGACCCCCCGGGGCCCCCCACAGCCCGCGGCCAGGCGCGCCGGCCGGUUCCGCGCGCAGCGGCCAGGAGGAGGCGCCGCGGAGCCCGGGCGGCCGCUGCCCGCAGGAGGAAGCCCCGGCCGCCACCCCCACCGCCGCCGCCCCCCGAGGAGAGCUGCCCGGCCAAGCCCGUGGCUCCCGGGCCCUGCUUCGGGGGCCGCACCUUGGAGGAGAUCUGGAGGGCGGCCACCCCGACGCUGACCACCUUCCCCACCAUCCGCGUCGGCAGCGACGUGUGGGGCGAGCGCAGCCUGGCGGCAGCGCGGCGCAGGGCGCGCCAGGUCCUGCGAGUGAACCUGGAACCCAUGGUGAGGCUCCGCCGCUUCCCGGUGCCCCGGGCAUGAGGCGCGGCCUCCAGGGCGCCUCCUGCCGGCCCCGACCUUGGGACAGGCCUUCCGCCCGGAGGAAUGAACAAGUGUCAGUCGAGUGUUUACAGAUCCGGCCAGGACCCCGGCCCCCAGUGCACUUUACGCGCGAAGAAGUUGCCGGAUGGUUGUCCCUGUCCCGGGCCGCGGCGCGGUCGUCUUGGACGCCGGUGCAGGUGUGCCCUCUGCUGCCUCCCGUACCCGGCCUGCGGAGGGAGGGGACAGCUGGACCCGCAGGGGAGGUCCUUUUCUUCCUGACCCCCGAUUGAGACGUCUCCAGGACCUUAGGGGCAGAUCCGUUUUCUCACUGUUGGACUCUACCUCACUGGUCUGGAAGUCCUCCGAAGACAUUAUUUUUCCAAAGGAAUUUGGUUUCGUGCUUGUGUAAUAAAGCCAGAAUUUACUUGUUCUUUAUCUCCCCCUUUUUCUAUUUCACUGCCACCCCUCUUUCUGGACAGAAGUUCGAACAUGUGGUGUUGCACUAGUUUGUGCUCAGGGUAUUCUGAAGCCCACUCGUUUCCUAAUUUUUACUGGAUUCCAAAGCUUUGAGGAUAUUUUUUAAGAGGUUCAAGCUUGUGACUGUUAGUAGUGCAAGGAUUUGUAUGGGCUCAGUGAUUACAAACAAAGACAUGCAAAAUACAACUGUUUAAACAUUUUCAAGGUGUUUCUAAAGGUUUUGUAUUGAAACAAUGUUUAUAUUUACUGAGCUUCUAAAAAUGGUAGAAUACACAUGAAAACUUUUGUUUAGGAAAAGUUAACUUGUUAAAUUCUUUUGAAUUGAAUAAAAAAAUGCAUUGAAACCA